AACCUCCCUGCAUCUCAUUCGGCAGAAUGCGUUGUCUUCUCUUAGUAGCAUUGGCCCUGGUUAGCCUUGUGCCUACUUUCGAUGCCACGCCAGUCGCAGAUUUGCCUGAGGCUGAUCUGCAUUUCGAAUCAUUCGCCAAGAGUUAUCAAAAUUCUCAACACAGAAUUGGGUUAUUUGACAAUGACGGGUGUUUAAAAUCGACGGGCAAACCGAUUUCCAAGCAGGAAGCCGACGCACAACUGCAGAAAGCCCGAGCUCUAUUGACCAAGGCUACGCAGGUCCCUAACAGUGAUGUUUGGGUAAUCACCGCUCGUAAUGAAGAGUCAAUCAAGCCUUACUUGGACAUCCCGGGCUUGAACUUUGGCGUAGAACAAGGGACGGUGAUCAUUCGGGCGAAUGGUGAAAAAGAAGUCUUAAUCAAAGUGCCCCAGGUCGAUGAGAUUAAGAUGAAGAUCGCCGCGAUGAUUAGGCAGUCAGCCAUCAAAAAGGAUAGCAACGAUCCGGAUGCCGAAGAGCCGAUUAGAUUUCUUCCUAUGGAGAAUAGCAUUCCACUAAAGUUUCAUGACUGGGAUAGUACUAGCAGCCAGGACAUGCGCCACGGGAUCGAGCAGUUUAUUGGAAAGCAUUACACGGAUUUUACCAUCACGUCGUUUGCGAAAGAUAAGGUGAUGAUUAUACACAACCCAACUAUCAACAAGAGGACAUUAGUGGAGAAGGUAUUGAAGGAGAAGCCAUACGAUUUCGGCUUCUCAGUAGGCGACGACAUCAUCGAUGAAGGCAUGCAUGAUGCUCUCAACGCCAUCAACAUCAACCAAAACUUUUUUUCCGUCGUGGUGAGCCGAAAAUCUGAUCAACAAACCGUCGCAAGACACAAGCUAUCCACACACGAGGACGUCUAUAGAUUUUUCACAGCGCUCUAUUCCUUGCCUACCAAGGUUUCACCCCAGCGAUUAUUGAACCAAGGAUGAGUCAUGCGGGC